UUUUUGAAUCAAAAACUGGCUUUUAACUAACUGUUUCACCUCUUUCUUCUCUUUCUGCGCUUUUAACAUUUAUCAAUUUGUACGUAGAAACUUAAAAAGAUCGAUUCUUUUGACUAAGCAAAGCCGGCUAAAGCCGUCUUGAUAUUAUUAUUUAUGAUUUUUAUAAAUCUUUUUUUUUGUGUGUAUAAAUCCGUGUUAUUCCCUUAUACGCGUUGAACAGUCAAUUCCCAUAUGAAAGCGUCCUCAUUUUCCUGGUAAUGAGUUCGUAUCUCUAUUAUUUUCUUUGUGAAUUUUAAUCUUUAGAGGUUUCAAGGUUCUUGCUAUCCAUUGAAUCUUUAGUGGGUCUUUUUCAAGUUUUGAUUUUGAUAACCUGUUAGCUCUUUAGUCGUGAUUGAAAUUUGAUUGUUUGGGUACUGGGUGGUGACUUUGAAUUCCUAGUCUUCACAGUCAAUCUUUUCUAAAGUUUAAAUUAAGGGUCUUCAAUUUGGAUUCGUUUGAUGCACUGGGUAUUUCUUAAUAAACAGAUUGGGGUGAGUUUGAUUGUUCUAUUAUUUAUGGAGGAGGUAGCAGCAGAAAGGAGAGUUCUUCGGUGUUGAAUUUUGAUUUUGAAGAAGAUAGUAUAUACAGAUAAUAGAUACUAUUCAUUCUUGAAAUAGUAUUUACUUCAUAAUUCUAGCAACAUGGGUUGCAUUUCUUCGAAGGAUAUUAAGCAAAAGAAGAGCCCAAAAGAGAGGUUAUCACGUAAAGGGUCAUUAGAUAGGCGUGUUGCUCAUGUUAAUUCAUCCAGAAGAGAGGAAGGGGUUCGGUCAAAGUCUAAAUCUGAUAUUGGAGAUGUUAGGGUGAUGCUAAUUGAUAAGAAAAAAAAUGGUUCCAUUAGGCUAUAUGAUGAUCAGAUUGAGAAAAAGCAAAUGGAGAGUCAGGUUGAGAUUAAGAAGGUAGAGAACUGUGAAGUUGCUGGUGAUAGUCAUCCUCAGAUCGAGAAGAAUAAAAAAAAAGAGAAUUUUGAUGUUACAGUUCGUAGUCAUCCUGAUUGGGGAAGGGUGCCAAAGAGUAUGGCAGCAGAGCAGGUUGCGGCAGGAUGGCCAUCUUGGCUUGCUUCAGCAGCAGGAGAAGCUAUCAAGGGAUGGGUGCCACGACGUGCUAAUACGUUUGAGAAGUUGGACAGAAUUGGGCAAGGAACUUACAGUAAUGUUUACAAAGCUCGCGAUGUCACUCAUGAUAAAGUUGUUGCAAUUAAAAAGGUUCGGUUUGAUAUUAACGAUCCAGAUAGUGUCAAAUUUAUGGCUCGCGAAAUUAAUAUUUUGCGCAGGCUGGAUCAUCCCAAUAUAAUUAAGUUGGAAGGCUUGAUAACAUCACCAACAUCUUCUAGUUUGUAUCUUGUUUUUGAGUAUAUGGAACAUGAUCUUACUGGACUUAUAUCACUUCCCGGCAUCAAGUUCAAGGAACCACAGAUCAAAUGCUACAUGCAGCAACUUUUAAGUGGACUUGAUCAUUGCCAUAGUCGAGGUGUUCUGCAUCGUGACAUAAAGGGUUCUAAUCUUCUUGUCGAUGACAAUGGCAUCUUGAAAAUUGCAGAUUUUGGAUUAGCAACUUUCUUUGAUCCUCAUAGUAGUGGCCAAUUGACUAGCCGUGUAGUGACCCUUUGGUAUAGAGCUCCAGAACUUUUACUUGGAGCCUCUCGCUAUGGAGUUUCUGUAGAUCUAUGGAGCAGUGGCUGCAUACUUGGGGAACUGUACACUGGCAAACCUAUUUUGCCUGGAAGAACUGAGGUUGAACAAUUGCAUAAGAUUUUUAAGCUUUGUGGCUCGCCCUCUGAGGAUUAUUGGAAAAAAUUGAAGCUGCGUCAUCAGUCUGUAUUUAAGCCUCAACAACCAUAUAGACGAUGCAUUGCAGAAACGUUUAACAAUUUGCCUGCUCCUGCUGUUGGACUUAUGGAGACCUUGCUCUCCCUGGAUCCAGCCAAUCGUGGAACUGCAGCUUUUGCUCUCAAGGAUAAGUUUUUCAGAUCCAAGCCAUUUGCUUCUGAUCCUUCAAAUUUGCCCAAAUAUCCUCCCAGCAAAGAGAUUGAUGCUAAAAUGCGGGAUGAAGAAGCUAGAAGACAAGAAGCAGUUGGAGUUGGGAGGAAUAGGACGCAGCAGUCUCUGGCUGUUCCAGCAUCUAAUGCCAAUUCCAAGUUAGCAGCAAUGGUGCAGGAAAGGCGUCAUUCUAAUGCAAAUAGUAGAGGUGAGAUGUUCAACUCUCACAGGGAGCAAACUGUUUCUGGUUUUCUGGUUGAUCCUUCUAAACAAACUCAAGCUACUAAAGAAGGGAGAAGAGAGUUCCAAGAACAUCAACUUAGGAAGGUCUCACAUUCAGGGCCACUGGUCCAUGGAGCUGGAUGGACGAAGUCUGGGAAGGAUCUUGAUAAUCCUCACUUGCUACCUGCUAGACCCAACCUCUCAACAAUAUCUGGUUUGGUAGCAACAAGAACUUCAUUGCCUGAUGAUCGCCAGGGAGAACCUAGCACUUCACAACCAGAAGUAGUAAAACAAGUAGGUGUAUUCCAGGGAUCAUCAAAUGGACUCGAGCCCACAACGAAGCAGGGUCAAAGUCAUCAAGUGCGUAAGCCUGCAGAAUCUCAUGAGGCAGGUGGUGGAAAAUCAACUACAAGAGAAGCGAGUUUGUAUGGUCGCGGACCGAGGGGGGGAAGCAAGAUUUAUGUCUCUGGUCCGUUACUUGUUCCAUCGAACAAUGUGGAACAAAUGCUCAAAGAGCAUGACCGCAAGAUUCAAGAAUAUGCUCGGAAACGCCUUGACAAAACGAAACAAGGGAAACUGAAUCAGAAUGCUCAAGGGAAACAAGCAAGAGAGAAUUUGGCACAUGUCUCAAAGCAUUCGGGUCGAUAACUCAGAAAUGUAGCUAACCUUAAUUCCUGUCUGGUAGUAGAAACAAAGAAAUCAACUAACUUGAUUGUCGGGAUAACUAUCCGCCUCAUAGCUCCAAUGUAUAGUGGGUGCCUUUUGUCUUAAAUGCCUUUUCCUGUUUUAUGACAUGUAUAGAGUCUCAUAAUGAAUGCCUCUGUAAGAAAGAUUUCACUUGAGAGUCUACAGAAAGAAAUAGAAGAAACAAAUUAAGUUUAUGGUCAA